AUGGGAUUCUUGCACCCCGAUUUCGUGGUUCAAGGGAAGGCCCUCAACGGAACUGAAGCUCUUUCGGCUACAGAGGUGGAUACCCUUGCUACUUUGCUAAUGGACUCAUCCUAUGAGUAUGAAGGUAUUGCAGAAGAGCCACUCAAGCAGACCUGGAACUUUGCCUUUGUCAUCUUUGCCUAUGUUCUCGCUUGUGUUGCUUCCUACAGUGCUGUUCACUUGAUGGAUCACUGCCUUUGGAGGUCAGAGGAAUUGAAGAAGGCGGCCAUCAUCAAGUAUCCUGAUGUCUAUGCUGCUAUCAUGUUGGGGUUUGGUGCUGUUUGGUGCAUGCACUUUGUGGGACUGUCAGCUGUGACAAUAGAAGGGAUACCCAUUUGCUACGAUUGGGCCAUUACUGUUGGGUCUCUUGCUGCUGUGGUAGUUCUGAUGUUUGGGGCAAUCAAGGUAGCAGGGAAUGAUGUAUUCGCAACACCAGAUAGGAUCAAGGUCUUGGAGGGCAUUGUGGGAAACAACUAUGUAUCGGACAAGGAAGCCGCUUGGAAGCUCACCAAGGUAACCUGUUUCUACAGGUUGCAGCACUUGGCAAUGGGCAGCUUCCUAGCUGCUUCUGGGGCCAUAGUGAUGCAUUACACAGGAACCAUGGCCAAAAAGGGACCAUUCAGAAAAGAAUGGGAUGUGGGACUCAUUGCCGUAUCCUGCUGCAUGGCCCUCAUCUUUUGUUUCGUUGGUUUUUGGAUUAUCUUCCGUUUGCAGUGGAGGAUCAGUCAGCAGUGGCUUCGAUACCUGAGUGCUGGUGUGAUUGCCUUUGCAUUUUGUACACUACACUUCUUUGGAAUGCUUUGUGUAACAUACUUUCCUGGUGACACCUCCUCCUAUACAUGCCAGAAAGGAUCGGACAAGAAUGGCACCAGUCCCGGUGCCUGGACUGGCCAGCAGGUUGUCAUUCUUGCGGUCGCCAUAAUUGUGCCUACACUUGCCUUCUUCAUCUCCAACACCAUCAACCAGGAACUCAUCCUGGCAUAUCAAGUGACAGCAAGAUCCAAUGCCAUUGUGUCAUCCCUCUUUCCAGCCCAGAUCCGAGAACGGAUGAUGGCCGAUGAAAAGUCCAAGCUCAAAUCAUUUCUCUUCAACACGAGUCAUGAUUCUGAGAGUGGCGAAGACGUUGCACCUUUUAGUGACGAUGAAAGCAACAAAAAGAAGUCCAAGCCCAUUGCAGAUCUAUUUACUGAUACCACAGUCAUGUUUGCUGACAUUGCAGGUUUCACAGCCUGGUCCAGUGAGAGAGAGCCAUCUCAAGUUUUCACGCUACUGGAGACUAUUUAUGAAGCUUAUGAUGAGAUCACCAAGCAGCAAGGUGCCUUCAAGGUGGAAACAGUCGGAGACUGCUAUGUUGCCGUUGCAGGGCUUCCCGACCCGAGAAAGGAUCAUGCUGUUGUGAUGAGCCGUGUAGCUUCUCGUUGUGUCUAUAAGAUGGGACUGCUCACCAAGAGAUUGGAGGUAACACUUGGGCCUGACACAGGAGACCUGAAUGUCCGGAUUGGCUUGCACAGUGGUCCAGUCACUGCAGGGGUGCUCAGGGGUGAUCGAGCUCGCUUCCAGCUGUUUGGUGACACCAUGAACAUGGCAGCUAGAAUGGAAUCAACUGCCUUGCCAGGAAAGGUUCACGUUUCAGCUGAGACUGCAGAACUGCUCAAGGCUACAGGGAAGGAAAGAUGGUUAAUCCCAAGAGCCAAUGAAGUCUUUGUGAAAGGGAAGGGCCAACUCCAAACCUACUGGCUAAAUGUAAAGGGGUCUUCCCCCAAGUCACAUGACAGCAGUGAUAUAAGCUCAUCCCAUGCCCAUCUGGAAGAAAUUUACCAGAUCCCAAAUGACAAGGCAGCAAGACUGAUUGAAUGGAAUGUGGAUAUUCUAAAGGGGGCUUUGAAGCAGAUUGUUGCUCGCCGUAAUGCUAUGGCCAAAGCAAAGAAGAAAGCUAUGCUACCCAGGGCUAAAUCAUGUGCCAUCAUCCAACCUCCUGGAGCUGUGGGAAGUGUGAUUGAUGAAGUCUGCGAGAUCAUUGAGCUUCCAGACUUUGAUCAUGAACUAUCCAAGAAACAAGAAGAUCCAGAGUCCAUUGAACUGCCUGAAGAUGUUGUGCAGCAGCUCAAAAAGUAUGUGACCAGCGUUGCAGAUCUCUACCACAACAAUCCUUUCCAUAAUUUUGAACAUGCGAGCCAUGUGAUUAUGUCAGUGUCCAAACUCCUGUCCCGUAUUGUUGCCCACUCCUCAGAUAGAAUUGAUACAGGCAAAUGUGUGGCCUCCAGCCUCCAUGACCAUACGUAUGGCAUAACUUCGGAUCCUCUUACGCAGUUUGCCUGUAUCCUAUCUGCAUUGAUUCAUGAUGCUGAUCAUGUUGGUGUGCCCAAUACUCAACUUGUGAAGGAAGAGACCGAAACAGCCAAGCGAUACAAGGGCAAGAGUGUAGCUGAGCAGAACUCUGUUGUGCUGUCGUGGGAGAUGCUCUUGCGUCCUGAGUAUUGUGACCUGAGGGGUGCCAUCGCUGCAACAGAUGCUGAGUGGACACGCCUCAAACAGCUUGUUGUCAAUUCUGUGAUGGCUACUGACAUCAUGGACAAGGACCUGAAGGGGCUGCGAAAUGCUAGAUGGGAGAAGGCAUUCUCAGAACAGGAUCCAAACGAGGAUGCACGUGUGACCACCAACCGCAAGGCCACAAUUGUUAUUGAGCACCUGAUUCAGGCUUCCGAUGUGGCUCACACAAUGCAACACUGGCAUGUGUACAGGAAAUGGAACCAGAGGCUAUUUGAGGAGAUGUACAAGGCCUACAAGGAGGGACGUUCGGAGAAAGACCCUACUGAAUUCUGGUACAAGGGAGAGAUUGGCUUCUUUGACUUCUACAUUAUCCCGUUGGCAAAGAAGUUGAAGGACUGUGGCGUUUUUGGGGUUGCCUCUGAUGAGUACCUGACCUAUGCCCUUCAGAAUCGGAGGGAAUGGGAAGCACGCGGGGAAGCAGUUGUCGAUGAGAUGAUUGAAAAGGUGAAAGCUGUUUGGGAAGAAGAGGUAGAGACCACAGACACCUUUGAUGAUGAAGCGAGCAUGGUUUCACUGAAUGACUAG